UCCUUUGGAGAAAUUGCAUUUGACGAUUUUACGAAUAACAAUGCAGCAAUACGAGCAACACCACUACGAUAAGGAGAUGUUGCGGAAAUUGGCCAACAAGCUGGGCAAAAUGGAAAUCGAGUCACAGUGCGAUUUGGAACAAGUGCGCAACAUACUCAAUGCCAAAUUCGAGGAGUCGAUCACAUACCCGAAGGUGUCGCAAGAUUGGUGCUUCAUCGAUUCCUGCACCGCUGAACAUUACUUCCGCAUCGAUCGCGCCCAAGAGCAUUUGCACUACAUUUGCGAUAUUGCCAUCGAUGAGUUGUACAUUUUGGACCAUGAGGCUGCCACCAUGCCACAGACGCCCGACCAGGAGCGCUCCUUUUCCGCCUACUCGCAGCGGAUUGGCGCGCAAAAUGAGCGCCGCAGUAUGGACCCACAAGGCCGUUCCGGCAGCACCGGUACGCAAUUACCCUACAUAAGUAAACGAAUGUUUUGCAAUUAUUAUUACCGCAAGAAGCGUUACGAGUUGUAAGGCGGCUUUUUCUGUUUUUUUACAUAUUUAUUUGGUUUUUUUGAAACAUUUGU